AUGGAUGCUAAGAGAGAUAUACAAAUAUCCAAAGCAUUGUCAUAUUUGUUACGUCAUGGUGCUCAAAAGGAGAAAUUAGUUAUAGAUAACAAUGGAUAUAUUCCAAUCGAUACAAUAUUACAACACAAUAGAUUAAAGACACAUAAAUGUUCGAGGCAAGACUUAAUUAGAGUAGUGAAUAACAAUGAUAAGAAGCGAUUUAUUAUCGAUGAAGAAAAAGAUAUGAUUGCUGCCACUCAAGGUCAUUCUAUUGAGUUGAAACCUGAUGAUACAAUAUUAAUACCGAUUAAAGAUAGUGAUUCACUACCUUCGAAAUUAAUUCAUGGAACAAACGUACGGAAUUGCUUAGCCAUUGUUGAGAGUGGGAAGAUAUCGAAGAUGAGGAGAAAUCAUAUUCAUUUGUCAAUCGGUAUUGUUGGAAAAGAUACUAAUGUUAUUAGUGGAAUGAGGAAAACUUCUAGUGUAUACAUAUAUAUUAAGAAAGAUCCCGAAACUUUAUCUCAAUUAAAAUUAUUUAAAUCAUUAAAUGAUGUAUAUCUAUGUGAGAACGAUAUUAAUAUAUCAUGUUUUGAGAAAAUUGAAAUUAAGAAUAAGAAACAAUUGAACGAUGAUCAAGAUACGGCAAAAUUAGUUCAAUUAUUGAAAGAUAAAAAUGUUCCAUAUGAAAUGAUAUAG